AUGGCAACAACCUAUCACCAACCCACCACAAUAGAAGAAGUCCGAACCCUAUGGAUCGGCGAUUUACAAUACUGGGUCGACGAGAACUACCUCACAAACUGCUUCUCCCACACCGGCGAAGUCAUCUCCAUCAAAAUCAUCCGCAACAAAAUCACCGGCCAACCAGAAGGCUACGGUUUCGUCGAAUUCGUCUCCCACGCCGCCGCAGAGCGAGUUCUUCAAAGCUACAACGGAACUCAAAUGCCGGGAACCGAACAAACGUUCCGGUUAAACUGGGCUUCGUUCGGUAUCGGUGAACGCCGUCCGGAUGCCGGUCCCGAUCACUCGAUUUUCGUUGGGGAUCUUGCUCCGGAUGUUACUGAUUAUCUUUUGCAAGAGACGUUUCGGACUCAUUAUAGUUCGGUUCGUGGUGCGAAGGUUGUGACUGACCCCAAUACGGGGAGGUCUAAGGGUUAUGGGUUUGUUAAAUUUGCUGAUGAGAGUGAGAGGAAUCGGGCUAUGUCUGAAAUGAAUGGGGUUUAUUGUUCUACUAGGCCGAUGAGGAUUAGUGCUGCUACGCCCAAGAAAACUACUGCUUAUCCGCAGAAUCCUUAUGCGGCUGUUGGUGCUGCUGCUGUUGUUGCUCCUGCACCUGCUCCUAAAGCAAUAUAUCCAGUUCCAGCAUACACUGCCCCACUGAAUACAGUUCCACCAGAAUAUGAUGCAAACAAUACUACCGUUUAUGUUGGUAAUUUGGAUCUUAAUGUCUCAGACGAGGAGCUGAAGCAACAUUUUCUGCAAUUUGGAGAGGUUGUUUCUGUCAAAGUACAUCCCGGCAAAGCAUGUGGUUUCGUUCAAUUUGGGGCUAGAGCAUCUGCUGAAGAAGCCAUUCAGAAGAUGCAGGGAAAGAUAAUAGGUCAACAAGUGGUCCGAGUUUCUUGGGGCAGGCCCCUAACAGCUAGACAGGACGUACCUGGUGGCUGGGGACAACAGGUGGAUCAAAAUCAAUGGAGUGCAUACUAUGGGUAUGGACAGCAGGGUUAUGAAGCUUAUGCAUAUGGGGCUGCUCAGGAUCCUUCAAUGUAUGCAUAUGCUGGAUAUGCUGGCUAUGCACAAUAUCCCCAACAGGUUGAAGGUGUCCAAGACAUAUCAGCUAUGUCGGUGCCUACAAUGGAACCAAGGGAGGAGUUGUAUGAUCCUCUGGCAAUGCCCGAUGUUGAUAAGUUAAAUGCUGCAUAUCUCUCAGUACACGGAAAUGCAAUUUUAGGGCGGUCUCUCUGGCACAAGACCUCAUCCUUGCAGCAAGCUUAG